CAUAAGUCACAUACACCAACAUACAUACAUAUCUUCUUCUCAAACUCCUUUUUAUCAAAUCAAUAAUCAUGGGUGUUUUCACAUAUGAGAAUGAUACCACCUCUACCGUCCCUCCUGCCAAGCUCUUCAAAGCUGUCGUGCAUGACGCUGAUCUCAUCGUCCCAAAAGUUGUUGAUUCAAUCAAGACUGUUGAAAUCCUUGAAGGAAAUGGUGGUCCAGGCACUGUCAAGAAGCUCACUUUUGUUGAAGGAGGACAGACCUUGUACGUGUUGCACAAAGUUGAAGCCAUUGAUGAUGCAAAGUUUGAAUAUAAUUACAGUAUAGUUGGAGGUGUCGGUAUAUCAGACAUAGUUGAGAAGAUAUCAUUUGAGGCCAAAUUGUUUGAAGGUCCAAAUGGAGGAUCUGUUGGUAAGAUGAUUGUUAAAUAUCAUACAAAAGGAGAUGCUAAGCCUAUUGAAAAGGAAGUUGAGGAAGGCAAAGCUAAGGGUGAUGCUCUUUUCAAGGCCAUUGAGGCUUACGUUUUGGCCAAUCCUAAUUACAACUGAUCAUACAAUCAUCACUCUCUUUACUAGCUAGCUUUCUUGCUGUCUUCUUAAUACUACAAGUUAGCCUCCAAUGCAAUAAAGUGUUCUGCUGUCUUCUUAAUACAACUGAUGAUGCAAUCAUCACUGUCCUUUCUAGCUUUCUUGCUGUCUUCUUAUUACAUGUUAGCUUCCAAUGUAAUAAAAUGUCUGUUCCUUUUGUUAUGAACUUUGAGGUUUGGUAUCUUUGUAUUUCACCUUAUCAAUAAUCAACAUCUUAAUGCAAAAUGAAAGCAUAUCCCAUAUAAAUUUUUUGAUGUUGAGUUUAGUAACUUUGAAAAUUCUAUAAUCAUCACAUAUAGUACAAGUUUAAAAAAAGAAGUUAUUUAUAUUUGUGGAUUGAUGGGUAUCUAUAGUACGGUUUACCAUUUUGUA